GUCUGUCCCAACUUCAUAUGCAUGUCUGCAGGAAAAGGUUUAGCACGGAAAUGGCCAACUACUUAAGCGAUCGAUCCUCUUGGGGACCCCACUUGAAGAAGGCUUCACGUCCUGAAACCGCCAUGACCUUGGUGGAUUGAGAAACAGGCCUCGGUAGGCUCGUGUCGGCUUUGCAAACGAUCCUGCAUCUACUCUUGUCUCUUUCUCUCGAUAAUUUGACACCCAUUGACCUCACCGUCGCGCCUUCGAAACCUUUGCGAUGUCUCUGUUCAGCCUCUUCGGUCGACGAAAUGAAGCCUCGUCAGCAUACGACCUAGUAUCCGAAGACGAGGACAAGCUCCUCGAUGAUCUCACUCGGACGACUAAGGCUGAGCUAGAGAAGCUCAAGCAAGCGAAUACCAAUCUGAAGCGUGUAUUGGGCAUCUUUGCUGGUUUCUUCCUGGCAUUCCUUGCACUCGUUGCGUUCAAGAGCUGGGAAUCACACGAAGAUAGUCUAAUGUACCCUCGCAUCCUGAGGUCGCCCGUACCACCUAUGCCCAUGAACGUCCAAACCUUCGAGCGCAACUCCCUUUACGCUUCCCGUCCCUCCGCCGAAUCCGAUGCAGCCUGGAACGCACUCCUGCCAGAGGGUCGCGGCUUUGUGUAUGUGAAAGAGUCGGAGAAAUACUCUCUCCCCCCUGGCGAAAAGACCUUCUAUGGCGAGAUAUACUCCGUUUCCUUAUUCCAUCAGUUGCACUGCCUAGGGCAGCUGCGCAAGUACUACUGGUUAUUGGUUGACGGAGUCAAGAGCAACAGCACAAGUCUGAGACCCAUGGUAGAUGGACUGCUGGGACCUUCGGGCGAGCAUGUCUCGCAUUGCUUCGACUACCUGAGACAGACGCUUCAAUGUGCAGGUGACAUGGCAUUGGAGUGGCCAAGGAAAGAAGAGGACGGCAGCAGGUUUGCAGUGGAUGGUUGGGGCAUCCCUCACGAAUGCAGGAGCUGGGAUCACAUCGUCGAUUACAUGAAGGGCUCUUACUUUAAUCUCUCGAUGAACAGUGAGAUCGCGCCCGAUCAUCCUAUGCACAAGGAUGGCAUGGCCAAGUUAUGAUACUAGACAAGCACAGAAACGAAAUAUAAGAGAAGAAGCAGGCCUUCUUCUUGUACAGCGCAACAUGAUCACAACCCUCAAUUUCAAGACAAGACAGUGCAUGUUGCUACUGGAUCAUGCGGAGAUGUGUUAGCAGUGAAAUGCUCAGCACCUAUACGCACUACCAUCAGAGCAGCGGAGAAAACAACAUGCAAUUCAAAUAAUCAUCAACAAAGAGAAACUCGCCUGACACUUGAUGUAAAGAGAGAAGGUACGCCUACGCCGAGCACAUCAGUCUUCAGAACGGUCAUUGCAAAAACACAGCUCGAUAUGUCAAAUAUGCGCAGAAAGUGGAUACGCACGAGAUAACGCUGUCUUUCCGUUGUUUCCCUACGAUCGUGAUCUAGUAUAUUGUCGCAUAGCUCAAGCAAUAUCUGCCAAAUACACGCGAAGCGGUGGCGAUGUUCCCAAAAACUUGA